CCGUUUCAGCUCCUCAGCUUCCAGUCAGAGGGAGAAAGGGGAGGGGGGUGUAUAUAAGAGUGGUAGGUGGGAGUGGGGUCUGACCGCAAAGUGUCUACUGUUUAAAAGAAAGGGACUUCUCCCUCCCUCCCUCUCUCUCUCUCUUUCACUCAUUCCCUCUCUCAGCAUCAGCAGACAUACACAGGCUGGAUGGAGCACUCUCACUGAGAGCAGAGAGACAAGAGGGAAUGACAGGACUGUCAUCUGUCUAAAGAAAAUUAAAAAGCACUUCAAGAGUUCCUGAUGUUUUUAACCAUUCCUUUUGCAACACGUCGCAGUUCCCUAGACGGAAGGACAUCUCUGAGCCUGUGAAGGAGGGUUGGUCUCACUAAGGAUUAAACCCACAUUUCCAGUAUCUUCAGACAGUUUGAGCAAUCACGCCAGUAAGAAGAGUCAAAUCAUCAUGGGGAUGCGAGGCCUGCUACUGGCCUGUGUGGCAGUAGCCAUGCUAGUUCAUCUCUCUAGUGCUGGCCUGGUGAAAAGAGUAAUUAGACACAGAAGAGAAUCGCUGUCACCAACCACUGAGAACUUGACCCUCCCGAGUCCAGAUCAGCCUGUGGUUUUUAACCAUGUAUACAACAUCAAUGUUCCUUCUGGAUCCCUGUGCUCUGUGGACUUGGAUUCACCUGGAACAACACCAGUGAAGCCAAAACCGGCCAAUCUGCAAUCCGACCAACACAUAGAGCACACCACGGAUGGAGAGAAUCAGAUUGUUUUUACGCAUAGGAUUAACAUUCCCAAGCAAGCUUGCGGUUGUGAUAACCACAUGCCUGACCUGAAGGAUCUUCUGAAUAGGCUGGAAAUGCUGGAGGCAGAGGUAUCCAGUCUAAGAGAGCAGUGCACCAGUGGAACAGGCUGCUGUGGUGCUCAGGUUACAGCAGGUGAAGUCACAACCAAGCCCUACUGCAGUGGCCGUGGCAACUACAGCACCGAGACCUGCAGCUGUGUGUGUGAGCCUGGUUGGAAGGGAGUCAACUGCUCCGAGCCAGAAUGCCCAAACUUUUGCCAGGAUCAAGGCCGUUGUGAAGAUGGCAAGUGUGUCUGCUUCGAGGGCUUCGGCGGUGACGACUGCAGCAUCGAGCUGUGCCCUGUGGACUGUGGUGAGAAUGGAGAGUGCAUCGAUGGGGCUUGCCUAUGCACAGAAGGCUUCAUCGGCGAGGACUGCAGCUUGACCAACUGCCUAAACAACUGCCUCGGCAGGGGGCGCUGUGUGGAUGACGAAUGUGUAUGUGACGAGCCUUGGACGGGCUUUGACUGCUCCGAGCUCAUCUGUCCCAACGACUGCUACGACCGUGGCCGCUGUGACAAUGGAACCUGCUAUUGCGAAGAGGGCUUUACUGGGGAGGACUGUGGGGAGCUUACCUGCCCCAAAAACUGCAACCACCAUGGCAGGUGUGUCAAUGGACAAUGCGUCUGCAACAUUGGCUACAGCGGAGAUGACUGCUCCAAGCUUACCUGCCUGAAUGAUUGCAAUGAGAGAGGUCACUGCUUCAACGGAAAGUGCAUAUGUGAUCCCGGGUUCGAGGGUGAGGACUGUAGCAUUCUUUCCUGUCCUGACAACUGCAAUGACAGGGGACAGUGCGUCAACGGUGAGUGUAUUUGUGAUGUUGGAUAUGAAGGUGAUGACUGCUCUGAGCUUUCCUGCCUCAAUAACUGCCACAAUCGUGGCCGAUGUGUCAACGGGAAAUGCAUUUGCAAAACUGGCUUUGCUGGAGAAGACUGCAGCAUCAAGACCUGUCCCCAUGACUGCCAUGGACACGGAGAGUGUGUAGAUGGCAAAUGCGUUUGCCAUGAUGGCUUCGGUGGAGAACACUGUGGUAUCAAGACCUGUCCCCAUCACUGCCAUGGACGUGGACAGUGUGUGGACGGCAAGUGCGUUUGCCACCAUGGCUUUGCCGGAGAAGACUGCAGCAUCAAGACCUGUCCUCAUCACUGCCAUGGACGUGGACAAUGUGUAGAUGGCAAGUGCAUUUGCCAUGAGGGUUUUACUGGAGAAGAUUGCAGCAUCAAAACUUGUCCCAAUGACUGCCUUGAACGUGGAAAGUGUGUAGAUGGGAAGUGCAUAUGCCAUGAAGGUUUUGCUGGAGAAGACUGCAGCAUCAAAACUUGUCCCAAUGACUGCCAUGAGCGUGGAAAGUGUGUAGAUGGGAAGUGCGUUUGCCAUGAAGGUUUUGCUGGAGAAGACUGCAGCAUCAAAACCUGUCCCAAUGACUGCCAUGAGCGUGGACAGUGCGUAGAUGGGAAGUGCGUUUGCCAUGAAGGUUUUGCUGGAGAAGACUGCAGCAUCAAAACCUGUCCCAAUGACUGUCAUGAGCGUGGACACUGCAUAGAUGGGAAGUGCAUUUGUCAUGAAGGUUUUGCUGGAGAAGACUGCAGCAUCAAAACCUGUCCCAAUGACUGUCAUGAGCGUGGACAGUGCGUAGAUGGGAAGUGCGUUUGCAAUGAAGGUUUUGCUGGAGAAGACUGCAGCGUCAAAACCUGUCCCAAUCACUGCCAUGAGCGUGGACAGUGUGUAGACGGCAAGUGCAUUUGCCAUGAAGGUUUUGCUGGAGAAGACUGCAGCAUCAAGACCUGUCCCAAUGACUGCCAUGAGCAUGGACAGUGUGUAGACGGCAAGUGCGUUUGCCAUGCUGGUUUUACAGGCCAUGACUGCAGUGAGCUGACUUGCCCCAGUGACUGCCAUAACCGAGGACGUUGUGUAAAUGGUCAGUGUGAAUGCGAAAGUGGGUUCACUGGGGAGGACUGUGGUACAAAGACAUGUCCCAACAACUGUCUGGACCGUGGCUACUGUGAAGAUGGAAAGUGUGUCUGCUUUGAGGGGUACACCGGUGAGGACUGCUCUGUUCUGACCUGCCCAGAAAACUGCAAUGACCAAGGCCAGUGUCUGAAUGGAAUAUGCAUAUGUGAUUUAGGCUUCACUGGCGACGACUGCUCUGAAAUCUCCCCACCCAGAGACCUGACUGUGACUGAGGUCGAUCCAGAAACAGUGGACCUUGCCUGGGUCAAUGAGAUGCUUGUGACGGAGUAUCUUAUCACAUAUGCACCUACGGCUCCUGGCGGUUUGGAGAUGGAAAUGAGAGUCUCUGGAGAAAAGAAGACAGCCACUAUUAGAGAGCUUGAGCCUGGCAUAGAGUACCUAAUCAGUGUUUUUGCUGUCCUGAACAGCAAGAUGAGUGUCCCUGUCAGUGCUAGAAUAGCCACACAUCUUCCUGAACCCGAGGGUCUGAAAUUCAAAUCGGUUAAAGAGACCUCAGUGGAGGUUGAGUGGGACCCCUUGAACGUCCCAUUUGAUGGCUGGAACCUCAUCUUCAGAAACACAAAAGAAGAGGAUGGAGCAAUUUUGAACUCUCUCACCCCUCCUGAGACCACCUUUGAGCAGUCUGGCCUUGGACCUGGACAAGAGUAUGAAGUCAAGCUUGAGGUCAUAAAGAACAACACCCGUGGACCCCCAGCCAGCAAGAACGUUGUCACAAUGAUUGAUGCUCCCAGCCAGGUGGAUGUGCGUGAUGUGACAGACUCAACAGCCCUUAUCACCUGGUUUCAGCCUGUAGCUCAGGUGGACGGGAUCUCAAUGUCCUAUGGCCCAAACACAGAUUCCACAGACAGGAAAACAAUUGAGCUUUCCUCUAUGGAUACACAGUACCAUCUGGCUGAGCUGUAUCCUGACACAGAGUAUGAAGUCUCUCUCAUGGCCCGCAGGGGAGAGAUGACCAGCUUUCCAGUCUAUGAGACCUUCACAACAGACCUCGAUGCCCCCAAGCACCUCAAGGCAGUUGAACAGACAGAUGAGAGCAUAACUUUGGAGUGGAAAAACAGCAAAUCCAAUGUCCUCAGCUACCGCGUCAAAUACGGCCCACUUUCUGGAGGGGAACACGGAGAACUGGUCUUCCCAAGCGGCCUGCAAGACACUACUCAUGCUAAAAUCACUGGCCUUCGGCCUGGGACGGAGUAUGGAAUGGGAGUGACGUCAAUCAAGGAAGAGCGUGAGAGUUUGCCUGCGACGACCAAUGCUGUGACUGAUCUUGAUGCCCCCAAAGACCUUAGAGUAAGUGAGACCAUGGAGACCACACUGGCACUGGCUUGGAAGAGGCCGGUUGCCAAAAUCGACACCUAUGAGCUUGUUUUUACAUCUCCGGAUGGCACAGAAACUAAACUGGAGGUACCUGGCACUGCCAACAUCUACAUUCUGACUGACCUGAUUCCCGGCACGCUGUACACCAUCAGCCUGACUGCCAAGAGAGGAAGAAAGAUGAGUGCGCCAGCCACCCUGUCAGCAUCCACAGAUGAAGAGAAGCCUCAGGUGGGCAACAUCACCAUCUCUGAUGUGUCCUGGGACAGCUUCAGUGUGUCCUGGGAGCUGGACAGAGGAGAGGUUGAGGGCUUUCUGGUUGAAGUGUCUGACCCAGAUGGCUUAUCUGAUGGCCAGAACCAUACACUAUCCAGCCAGGAGUUCAGCCUGGCUGUCACUGACCUCUCCCCUAGUACUUUCUACAGGGUCACACUGUAUGGGCUGUACAAGGGAGAGCUCUUAGAUCCUGUCUUUGCUGAAGCCAUCACAGAAGCUGAACCUGAAGUGGAGCAUCUUUCAGUCUCGGACAUCACCCCGCACAGCUUUAAACUGACAUGGACAGCACCAGAGGGCAUCUUCGAUACAUUCACUAUUAAAGUCAGCGAAUCUAAAGGACCGACCCAACCUGUCCAUAUCAUUGUACCUGGAAACAAGCGAACGGAAGAAGUGAGACUUCUCCGUGAAGAUACCGAGUAUGAAAUCGAAGUCUUUGGAAUCAUUUUGGGACGGAAAUUCCAGCCCAUUUUGGCUGUAGCUCGAACAGGUCUGGGAUCACCCAAGGGGAUACGCUUUUCUGAUGUGACGGAUACGUCAGCUACUGUUCACUGGAUUUUGCCCCCUAACCGUGUAGACAGCUACCGGGUCAUCUAUGUGCCCGUUCAAGGUGGCAGCCCUAUUACGCUGAGAGUAGAUGGAGGAGAGUCUCAAGCCAUGCUGCCUAAUCUAACCCCUGGAGUGACCUACCAGGUCACUGUCAUCGCUGUGAGGGGCCUGGAGGAGAGUGACCCAGGAUCUGAUAGAUUCACCACAGCCCUGGAUAAGCCACGAGGUCUGACAGCAGUCAACAUCACAGACACUGAAGCUCUGCUGCUGUGGCAGCCAUCCAUCGCUACUGUGGACGGAUAUGUCAUCACUUAUAGCGCAGACAGUGUGGCUCCAGUGAUGGAACGGGUGUCUGGGAACACUGUGGAGUUUGAGAUGAGCUCCCUCACACCUGCCACCUUAUACACCGUUAAAGUCUACGCUGUCAGAGAGGCAGCCAAGAGCGCUGCAACCACCACAGAGUUCACCACAGAUGUUGAUGCCCCUCAGAAUCUGGCUGCCAGUAAUAUUCAAACAGAAAGUGCCAUGUUGACAUGGACGCCACCAAGAGCAGACAUCACUGGGUAUAUCCUCAGCUUUGAAUCCGCUGAUGGCGUUGUCAAGGAGGUCGUCCUCAGCCCCACGGCAACAUUUUACAGCAUGUCUCAACUGACUUCCUCCACAGAAUACACGGUUAAACUGCAGGCCAUCGCUGGGCCAAAGAGAAGCAGAAUCAUCUCUACAGUCUUCACCACCAUUGGAGUUCUGUACAAGCAUCCUAAAGACUGCUCGCAGACUCUGUUAAAUGGAGAAACAACCUCAGGCUUGUACACUAUUUACCUGCGUGGAGAUGAGAAUCAGCCUCUGCAGGUCUAUUGUGAUAUGACCACUGAUGGAGGCGGCUGGAUUGUUUUUGUGAGACGGCAGAGCGGUAAAGUGGAGUUUUUCAGAAAUUGGAAGAACUACACUGCAGGCUUCGGUGACCUGAACGAUGAAUUCUGGUUGGGUCUCUCUAACCUCCAUAAGAUCACCUCCUCUGGGCAGUAUGAGCUGCGUGUGGACCUGAGAGAUAAGGGCGAGUCUGCAUAUGCGCAGUAUGACAAGUUUUCAGUCUCUGAACCACGCAGUCGUUACAAAGUGCAUGUUGGAGGAUACAGUGGCACUGCAGGUGACUCAAUGACCUAUCACCACGGCCGUCCCUUCUCAACCUACGAUAACGACCACGAUAUAGCUGUCACCAACUGUGCUUUGUCUUAUAAGGGAGCUUUCUGGUAUAAAAACUGCCAUCGAGUGAAUAUAAUGGGCCGAUAUGGAGACAACAGUCAUAGCAAGGGUGUAAACUGGUUCCACUGGAAGGGUCAUGAGCACUCCAUCGAGUUUGCAGAGAUGAAGAUGAGGCCCACCAACUUCAGGAAUUUUGAGGGAAGGAGAAAGCGAUCGUAAACCAGUGUGCUCCAGCUCGAACCAACCAACCCUCCUCUGCUGACCCUUCGCCCCCUGUUUCUCCUGCAUCAUCUCAUCCCCUUCAUCUACCAAAGCCACUGCCAGGGGCCCAGCCUGCUCUUUACCCUCUCCUAUUCAUGGAGAAGAAGUACAAAAAAGUUUUCACCCCCCAUUCAAAGCUAUAGUCCAUACACAGUUGUGUGUGUACCACUUCUGUGCACGUCAAUCUGACAGUAUACCAAUAGACUCAUAGUGAAGUGUUUAACAUUACACACUGUGCCUGUACAUCAUAAGCACACCAAAGACAGACGCUCCAGUAACAUCUAUAAAAUACAAUGCCGACGGAGAGGAGGUUUUGAGUUUGGCUUGGUGCUUUCCAGUUUAAAAAAUAAUGACAUUAUUCUUUCUGUAUAUCCCAUACAGUUACAGUGGAGAGAGCUGAAUGUUUGUGUGUGGUGUUUUUACAUUAAUUAGCCUCAAGAAUACUUUAUCCUUCUCAAUUAGGAUGAGAAGUCUAAUGGCACAUGAUUGAAACUCAGCAUUUCAUAUGCAGGACUGCAUAAAAAUACCUAGUGGUGAGGCUCACAGAUUUUUUUCAUCUCUUUCUAGUCUGUCUGUGACAAAUCUAAGUACCCACGCUCUCUGUUUUCGCUCUCCCACAACUCAUCAGCGCAUUCAUCAGUUCUAAAGUUCUGGAACCGGUUCAUACGCGGUACUGCUAAGUGUUCAUUUAUAUGCACCUUUCGUCGUGUUUCCUGUACCCUAUAACUAUAUUGGCAUUGAGUCACAGAGCAUAAGAAUCUUGAUUUGUUGCUUGUUAUCCUCUAAAAAAGAUUUAAAUGAAGCAAAAGUUAAGGCAGGACCUAUGUUAAAUCAUUGGUUUAAGUGAUACUGUUUACCAGUUAUGAGCUUGUAUAAUGUUCAAGAUUCAUAAAGGAAAAGUAAUGGUGAGGUUAUUGGAAUUAUUGUAAACAUAGCCUCAUAAGAAAGUUCUGUUGGCAAAAAGAAUUAAUAUACAGAAUAAGUCUAAGUGUUCGCCCCUACCCUGCUAUCGACUAAACCACUGACUCUAUACAGUACCUGUGUAAAUUAUGUCUCGUUUUGGUAUUUGAAUAUUUUUGUUUGUUCGUUUGUUUGUUUGUUUAUUAAAUGGGUGUACAACAGGUGUCUCUUUGUAACCCCUCUUACAAUAAAACAGAU